AUGCGGGAGAUUAAGGAUAGGCACCUCCGGAAAACACUGGUCAAUGCAGGAUAUGCAUUAACUCAACUUACAUUCCAACAUUAUUGGAGUGAAAUUGUAUUGUCAAAUCCGGAUGCGGGAAGUUGGAUUGAUAAUCUUUCUAGGGAGAAAUGGACCAGGGCUUACGACAACAACGUGCGAUGGGACCACAUGACAACAAAUCUAGUAGAAUCCAUGAAUGGUAUUUUUAAGGGCAUUCGAAACCUUCCUAUCACUGCACUGGUGGAGGCAACCUACUUUAGGAUGACUUCGAUAUUCUCAACAAGAGGUACAAGGUGGAGUGCUGUUAAAGAAUCGGGUCAACUGUUCAACGAGAGUUGCAUAAAAAUUAUGAAAGAACAAUCAGUAAAGGCCAAUAGUCAUCAUGUAACUGCUUUUGAUCGAUUCAACCGCACCUUCAGUGUUCGAGAUAUCAUUGACCACAAUGAAGGAUUGCCGAGACAACAAUAUAGGGUUCUACUAGAUGAGCAUUGGUGCGACUGUGGAAAGUUUCAAGCAUUUCAAUCCACGUUUUACGGAUUUGCUGCACAUUGUAGCAGUGAAAAGAGUGAUAGUGGGAGACUCUCUCAACUCAUUCACCAAAGCCACAACAAAACCCUAAUGGUGACAACAACGAGAAGAAGAGGCGGUGUUCCACCGUCCACCACGGUGGUCAUCAAACCAUUUCUCUUCUCCCCAGACAGAAACAUCUCCGCCAUCAUCAAUCUUUGCAGCCAACAAGACAACAAUCCUAGGAUCAUCAGUUACAUUCCUUUCGUUUGCGAAAUCUGCACAGACACUAAACCAAUGAAAGAAGCUUUCUGCAUCAUAGCUUGUUCCCACACUUAUUGCUGCGAGUGCGUUGUUAUGUACAUUUUUUCAAAUCUGCAAAACAACGUCACCAACAUUCGUUGUCCAUUUAUUGGGUGCACUAGUUUAUUGGAAGCCGAGAGUUGUCGUAGGAUUCUUCCAGCAGAGAUUUAUGAUCGGUGGGGGAAGGCAUCUUGCGAGGCUAUGUUUGAUGUUUCAUUGAAAGUUUAUUGUCCCUUUGCAGACUGUUCGGUUCUCAUGAUCAAAGACCGGAAGGAGGAGGUUAUUAGAAGAUCGAAAUGUCCGAAUUGUAAGAGGAUGUUCUGUGCAGAAUGUAAGGUUACAUGGCAUGAAGGAAUCGAAUGCAUUGAGUUCCAGAAACUGAAUGCCGAUGAUAAAAGUAACGAAGGUGUUAUGUUGAUGCGCCUUGCCAAGGACAAGAAGUGGAAGAGAUGCCCUAAUUGCAGAGUUUAUGUUGCCAGAUCUGCGGGAUGCAACCACAUGACAUGCAGGUGUCUAUGUAGAUUUUGUUACAGAUGUGGAGAUGUUUCCAACUUUACGAACUCUUGCAGUUGUUUUAAGCCCAACCGCGUCCCUGUCCGUAGGGUUCAACAAUCAGAACGGCUUACUUUUCAAAGACUUGUCACAAGAAUUAUCGUUUGUGCUCUCAUUUGUAUUCCGAUCAUUAUAAUUAAAUCUGUUUUAUUUUAA